AUGUCCGCUAUGCAGAACCUCCACUCUUUCGACCCCUUUGCUGAUGCAAAUAAGGGUGAUGACCUGCUUCCUGCUGGGACUGAGGAUUAUAUCCAUAUAAGAAUUCAACAGAGAAACGGCAGGAAGACCCUCACUACUGUCCAGGGGAUCGCUGAUGAUUAUGAUAAAAAGAAACUAGUGAAAGCAUUCAAGAAGAAAUUUGCCUGCAAUGGUACUGUAAUUGAGCAUCCAGAAUAUGGAGAAGUAAUUCAGCUACAGGGUGACCAGGGCAAGAACAUAUGGCAGUUCCUUGUCGAGAUUUGA